CGGACGUGGACAAUCUCGCUUGGACGAACCUUACCGCUCUCUUGCCAUCCGCUCCAUGAUUUUCAAUUACUAGACCCCGAAUAAUUACUAUCGCCGCAGGGCUCUUGGUGUCUCAACUUCCUGCAAAGAACUCGCGGCCGCUGCACGGUCGCGCAUAGUCCCGAUGCAGCUCUCUCUCUUCUUCCUCCUGGCUACUCUGAUAGCAUGCGUGGCAGCGUGGACUAAGGAUGACUACGAAAUCUUCGACCUUGUGAGCGCCGUUGAGGCAUCGGAAGGGAAGGGUACUACUUUCUAUUCGUGGCUCGGAGUGCCAUCAACUGCCUCUACGGGUGAGAUUGCCAAAGCCUACCGCAAAAAGAGCAUUCAACUCCAUCCAGACAAGAAUCCAAACGACAAGAAAGCUCACGAGCGCUUUGCGAGGCUCGGUAUUGUCUCGUCGAUUCUGAGAAAUACAGAGAAGCGCGAACGAUAUGACUUUUUCUACAAGAAUGGCGUGCCGAAAUGGAGAGGCACUGGAUACUACUAUUUGCGGUUCCGUCCCGGAUUGGGGACUGUUCUCACAUUCUUGAUCAUCGUCACGUCAACAUUGCACUACGUGAUACAAGGCCUCAACUACAAGCGCGAUCUCAAGAGAAUCAACUUUAUUGCGGAACAAGCACGUAUAGCCGCUUGGGGGACAAAGCUGAUCCCAACAUCCGAGGGACAGAGGAAGGUAAAGGUCAACCUCGGCGGCCCGCCGCGACUUGAUGAAGAUGGCAAUGUGGUAGCUGGGAAGAUGGUUGAUAUGGUCGUGGAAGGCCAUGAUGUCUACAUCCUGGAACCCGAUGGGAAUCUGCUGCCUGUGGACAGCAACACUGCCAUCCCGCCGUCGCUGAAAAGGACAUGGUUCAUUUCCCUCAUGAUCAGGCUAUACGAGCGCAUGACCGCAGGCAAGAAUGCCGCAUCAGGCGAUAACACUAAGGCAACGACAGAUGCGGAUCUUGAGGACAGCGACGAUGCUUCCGCGAGUGCUUCUGAUAUCCCUGGCAGUGGGGCAGCGACUCCGAAAGAAGGGACCGUAUCUGGAGCGAAGAAAGGAAGAGCCGCUGCAGCUGAGUUGGCCGGGGGAAGGAGAAGGAAGGCAGUGAGAAAGAGGUGAUUCGUUGAUCAUCUGCAGGUUGUUAGCUUCGGAACUCGCUCAUUUUGACAUCUUCCUUGCAUGAGAGGUUUGUGCCUGUAAUGAGAGAUUUCUACCAUACAUGAAACGUACUAUCAGCAGACAGGUCCACGAAACGUAAAAGUUGCGCGCGCCGCACGCGUAAAACGCCAAGUUUAUGGUCAUUUAAUUUCACGGCUGCUCCGAAUGAAGGAUGCACCGAGG